AUGAGCGCUGGCACGGUCAGGUGGAGCAGUGCUGGCAUCUCCUCCUCGUCCUCCUUCCUCCGCCUUUCGCGUUCGCCUCUCGCCUCCUCCCUCCUCCCCCUCCUCCUCCUCCUACUCCUCCUCCUCCUCCUCAGCCUCUGGGCUGAGCGCAAUAAUCUGGUGAGAACUGCGAUGGCCUGCGAUGGUUCGUGCGCAGGUCGGUGGCCCCACGCGCACACCCACGACGCCGCCGCCGGUGGUGAGCUGGUACUGUUGGCGCCGCCGGCGGUGGUGAGCUGGUACUGUUUUGGUUCGAUGGCAUAUUGGCUCAUGAAUGUCUGUUGGGAUUGCCUUUGUUCGACAUACUCUAGGUAG